AUGGUACCACGCAACGUCCGAUCGGAGGCAGACCAAGUUUCUCCACGUAAUUCUUCAUCACUAUAUAAUUGGAGAGACGUACAGACUGCACUCUCAAGUCACGUCAUACAUACCAGCUGGCCAGGCACUCCGACCAGCCGCUCAGCACGCCAAAGCACCCCCAAGACCAGCAACACAACCCCCUACAUAACCAAAGAAAACGCGCAAGAAUUCACGCCUACGAGCACCAUCCUCGUAGGCCCCAAACACACACCUUUCCACCUACACACCCACCUCCUAACCCAGCACUCGUCCUACUUCCGCGCCGCCCUCCGCGGCCCCUUCAUCGAAUCAACCACAAACACCAUGACCCUCUCCGACAUCUCCCCCUCCGACUUCUCGCUCCUGGUAACCCACCUCUACACGGCCCGCAUGCCGCGCCCCUUCAAAGACGGAAAACCCGCCUACUAUGCCCUCCUGCACGCCUACGCCCUGGCCGACCGCCUCAACCUCGAAGCCGCACGCAACGCCGCCAUCGACGCCAUCAGCGACCUGGCCGACUCCACAAACAGCGUGCCGACGCCCGAGGACACGUGGUUCGUGUACGAUGAGAUGCGCGAGAGUGCGCUCGUGAGGAAGUUGGUGGUUGAUCUUUUUGUGUUUAAGAAGACGGAUCGGCUGGUUGAGGGGCAUCCGGACGAGUGGCAUCCGCGGUUUUUGCGAGAUCUUGUGGUGGGGUUGAAGAGGCCGGGGGAGCAGGCAGUGAGGAAGCAUGCGUUGAGGGUUUGGUGUCCGGUGGAGUGGAGGGAGGCGAGGGCGUGUGAGGCGUGUAGAGGGGUGGUGGUGCCGGGGCAAGGGGCGGUGAGGUGUGAGGGGUGUGGAGGGGUGUUUUGUAAUGUUUGUGUUGGGGAGGGGACAGCGGUGGCGGGGUGGGAGGAGGGGAGGAGGAGGUGUGGGGACGGGGAAGUGCAGGGGAGUCCGGGGAAGAGGGCAAGGAAGGAGGGGAAGUGGGAGGCGUGUAAGCCGUGGAGGGGGGCGAGGUGUUUGCUUUAUCAUGAACAUGACGAGACGGAAAAGUGUGUUGAUGUUUUGGGGUAG